UCCCACGUCUGGUCACACCAAUUAAGUGAUUCAUACAAAUCCUCCAAUAAAAACAACGUAAAUUGAUAAAAUUACACCGUUCCAGUUGCAAUCCAACUGCCAGAACCAUUUUCGCUUCUUCAUUCGUUAGUAAAAAUUCAUCAAGCUGGGUAACGACAUGUCUACGAGUUCCAUGGAAAAACACCUUUUUAAUCUAAAGUUUGCCGUAAAGGAACUUGAGAGAAACUCGAAAAAAUGUGAAAAGGAGGAGAAGCUGGAAAAGGUCAAGGCCAAGAAGGCAAUCCAGAAGGGAAACAUGGACGUGGCCCGCAUCCAUGCAGAAAACGCGAUUCGCCAAAAGAACCAAGCGGUUAACUACCUGCGGAUGAGUGCCCGGGUGGACGCAGUCGCUAGCAGGGUCCAAUCUGCCCUCACCACCCGCAAGGUCACUGGCUCCAUGGCCGGUGUGGUCAAAGCCAUGGACGCAGCCAUGAAGGGAAUGAACCUGGAGAAAAUUUCCUCGCUGAUGGAGAAGUUUGAAUCGCAGUUCGAGGACCUGGACGUCCAGAGCUCCGUAAUGGAGGGCACCAUGUCCGACACGGUGACCACCUCAGUUCCCCAGGGAGAUGUCGACAAUCUAUUACAGCAAGUGGCCGACGAGGCUGGCCUCGAGCUCAACAUGGAGCUGCCUAGCGGAGUCCAAAGCCAGUCGGUUGGUGCUUCCACGGCCGUAUCCCAAGAACAAGACGAGCUGACUCAGCGACUGGCUCGUCUCCGCCAAGCCGAAUAAAAGAUGCGAAGCCCUGUCCGUUAAAUUUCUCUGUUCUAGCAAUUAAGUACAUUCAAAAUAUAAAUAAGUUUAAACCAGUGA